GUAUGUUUUUUGUGAGUCAGAAUUCGGGCAAGUACUAUGUUGAACUGGUUUUGGAAAAGCCCCUAGACAGAGAGAAGCAGGCAGAGAUGGGUUUCAGUCUUAUUGCUAUGGACGGGGGCUCUCCACCGAGGAGUGGAAGCACAGAAAUACGCAUUGUCGUUCUCGAUGUAAAUGACAACACUCCCAUAUUCACACAGGAGGUCUAUGUAGUUCAGAUUUUGGAAAACAUGCCUGAGGACUCUGUGGUUCUGAAUGUGUUGGCAUCUGAUGUGGAGGCAGGUUCUAAUGGGGACAUCUAUCAGUUCAGCCCAGGGGUGGGCCGGAGUGAAACAUGGUUCGCCAUUGACGGUAAGAGCGGUGAAAUUAAAUUCAGAAAGCCUCUGGACUUUGAGGUGGCAGAAAAGCAUGAGCUCAAUGUCCAGGCAACGGAUGGUGGGGGCCUCUCGGCAAUCUGCAAGGUGUUCAUUGAAGUUGUGGAUGUGAAUGACAAUGCACCGGAGCGGGUGGUGAGUUCCUUCAGCAGCUCCCUCCCAGAGAACACAUUUCUUGGGACGGUAGUUGCUGUCAUCACUGUCAGGGAUCAUGAUGCUAAUGACAACGGGAAGAUCUCCUGUGCCCUUGAGGACCAGCUGUUAUUCUCCCUGUAGCCAGCCUAUAAAAACUACUAUGAGCUGGUGACUGUGAGCACACUGGACCGGGAGGAGACAGCAUGCUACUUCCUGACUGUCACAGCAGCAGACCCAGGGUCACCUCCUCUCACCACUACACACACCUUCACAGUCGACAUCUUGGACAUCAACGACAAUGUACGUGUCUUCAACCAGACAUCACACGCCAUGCAUGUGCGUGAGAACAGUGUUCCCAUGUUUCUUGUUGGAGCAGUCAGUGCCUCAGAUGCUGACGUGGGACCCAAUGCCAAGGUGGUGUAUUCCUUGGCACAGUCCCACCCUUCAGAGCAGCCUCCCUUCUCCUCCAUCUCUGUGAACUCUGAGAAUGGGCACCUGUUUGUACUAUGCCCUCCAGACUAUAGCAAGAUCGAGGUCUUGGUGAUCGCCUCUGAUGCAAGGUCUCCUCCCCUCAGUGCCAAUGCCACUGUCCGCCUUGUUGUGGUGGAUGAAAAUGACAAUGCCCCACUGGUGCUGCACCCAGCCCAGGACAGCAGCCCAGUAUCCAGCGAGCUGGUGCCCAUGUUGGCUGAGGCGGGGUACCUGGUCACCGAAGUGGUGUCUGUUGAUGCUGAUUCGGGGCAGAAUUCGUGGCUCUCGUACCACCUGCUGAAUGCCACCAACCCUGGUCUGUUUGUGGUGGGUACCCGACGUGGGGAGGUGCAUCUGAGGAGGCCAGUGACAGAGAGAGACCCCCUGAAACAGAAGCUUGUGUCCAGAAGAUGGCUGAGACAGUAUAAAAUAAUUUAA